CUCAGAGUGGGUCAGGCGUGGAGAGAGCCAGCGGUAAUGCGUGUGUCUAAUGUUUUUAUUCCGUACUGACAGUCAGGAGAGACAGUCUCACCGAACCCUGGAGCUGAAGGCAUUUUCUGUCACGAUCAAGAGUCUCUGUGUCAAGUGUGAUAAAGUUUGUUGUGAUAUAGAGGAGAAGAUCCGCUCUGGACUUUAUUUUUCUAACUGAACCACACAAUUUUGGAGAUUUUUCCAGAUUGGGAAUCAAAGGAAUAACGCGCAUUAUUCUUCCUUGGCACGGAGAGAGAGGCAGAGCUGAUGCAAAAAUGCUUUUGGUAACACCAGUGCUGUUGCUGCUGCUGUCUUGGGUGUCACUGCAAGCUGUCGCAGAGAUUUGCCGGGGGACGCACUGCUACGGCACGGAAACCGGCGAUCCGAGGCCGUGCACCGGUGCGCACUGUCCGGGGGGCAGAUCCUCCAGACCGCCGCGGCACUUUAACCCGACAGCGCAGGGGAGAGCGGCGCAGAUAGUCGCCAGCCAACACUACGCGUACCCGAGCUUUCCAAGAGCAGCAUCGGAAGCCUACCCGGCUGUGCAGCCACACCGCGGGCGGCACAGUGACAGCAGCAGCGGCGGCGGCGCACGGAAAAGAACGUCUGAAGUUUUACCUGCAGGAUGCACCGAUGCGGACUGCGCCGCUCUUGUAAGACAAUUUCAGCCCGCUAAUGACACCCGGGAGUGUCGAGGGAUCGAGUGCAGACUGCCACUGAGGAUACGGCCAAAAGCUCGUCUUGCGAAGUCUUGUGUUGGAGAGGGAUGUAGUUCAGAGGAGAGCGCCAGCCAGCUCCCUCCUGUCCAUCUGUCCGACAGAGCCGCGCAGUUUCUGGGAGAUUUUCCGGAGCUUGGAUAUCCGUCGUCGGAGCUUGGCAGCGCGCCUUUGGGUGUCCAGCUCACAUGUGACAUCAAGCCAGGAGAGAAUGAGGUUCCCUCAGAAGACGCCCUCAUCUUGCACCUUCAGCUGGCCAAGGGGCAGGAGAAGCUGGUGGAGGCCCUGCGAGCCCAGCAGGUGGUCAUUCGUGACCUGCAGCAGAAGCUGGCAGACCAACAGGAGGCGCUGCUGUCCCAACAGAGGGAGAUCCUAGACCAGCAGCGGCGCAUGUACGAGCAGAUGGAUGUGGUGAAGGCACAGUAUGGCCUCCUCUCGGACACCGUCAAGCAGGUGUCCUUCCAGGGCCUGCAGGGUGAGCUGCAGAGCUACUUCGAGAGCCACCUGGCGGGGCUGCAGAAUCAGGCCCGCAGUCACCUGCAGAAGUCCUAUGCCGUGCACAAAAUGGACAUGGACACAAAGGUAAUGGAUGUAGUUGGAGAGGCUAAUUUUCCUCAACCUCUGUUGGGAUGCCCCUCACCCUGUGGGCAGGAGGAGUUCUGUGAUUUUCAGAGGGACCCACCUCAGUGUGUGAAGUGCACCAUGUGUCCACCGGGCUUCUUUCUGAUCUCACAGUGUUCUCCUACUGCAGACAGGAUGUGCCAGGACAGAGAUGAAUGCCUUGAAGUACCAAACAUUUGUGGAGAGCGAGUGAAGUGCCUGAAUACUCCAGGAGGGUUCAGGUGUCUGGGAGUUUCUGAGAGAGAAGCGGUGAUGGGCUUGUGUGGUCACGACUACUUCUUCAACCAGGAGCUGCAGGAGUGCCAGGCCUGUUCUGAUUGUGAUGGAGAGCCUGUUUCUGAACCCUGCACAGCUAUCAGUGACGCCGUCUGCGGUCAGCCUUCAGAGAGCCAACUCUCCCAGUCUUGGAGGGGAAAUGUGGCAGUUCCCUCUGCCAAGACCUCUGGCACCCACAUCUUCCCUGGGCUUCAGCUGAACAUCCGAGGCAAAGAGAGAAUUGAUCUGUUGUCCAAUGACGCGGGGCAGGUGACAUUCCUGCAGCAUGGCCUGGUGUGGUUGGAUCAUAACUUUGCAAUAAAGCACAGCUGCAGGAACUUCCUUCAGGUCGGGAUGAGGCUCAAUGGGAGCCAGGAGGAGGAGGGUCAGGACCUAAGUGGGGUUCGCAUCGAACAGCCAGAUGGGAAAUACUUCCAGGGUGUCAGUGUCAGCAGUGGUGUGGAGGUGGAGCCGAACCACACCUUUACUCUGCUGCUGAAGAGUCCGAAUCAACACUGCAACCAGAGCAAGGAUAUCCACCUCUAUGACAUCGCAACUCCCUCUUUCAGCCUACUCUGGUUGUCUCAUGACACCGGUGCCGUAGCAAUGACGGCUCAGAUGUCCCUGUUGGCGCACUACCAGACCAGCUACCGCCCCACUUUCCGCAUGACCUCAGUGUCCGACCCCUAUAUGAUCAUUCUAACCCACGACAACCGUGGUGUGCGCUUCACAGAAAGCGGUGUUGUGAAGUUUGUCCUCCAACAGGCGCUUUACUCUAUGGGCCACACCUGCAUUCGAGAGGGUUUCUCCCUGAUCGCCUACACUAACCACAACGGGACUGGCCAAGAAGCGAUGCAAGCCUUCAAGACAGGCGUCAACUAUAGGGACACCUCCAUCACCCUCUCUGGCGCUGUGAGCAUAGAAACUGGGGACACGCUAAGCUUUGAGAUCACAACUCCAUCCCAGUGCAACAUCCGUUACUUUGGGGACAGCACUGGGAUCAGUAUGCUGAGCCUUAUCUGGAUUCCCUCAGCAGUGUCGUCUGCCCUGACCGCCACCGUGUCCAGGACUGGUCUGCCCUUUGGAGCAGUCAGGAAUAAGCCGCUGUCAUUCCAGCAGAUAAGCCUGGGCACGCCGCAGGUUCAUUUGGCCCGCUCAGGGGAGCCGAACAGCCGGAAGAACUUUAUAUUCCAUGAGAAAGGGACAGCAAACGUAGCCCUGAAUUUGAAGCUGAUACACUCCUGCAAUAUUGUAAAACUCACUCUGCAGCAGGUGGGGGGUCAGGGCGGGCAGGCUGGUCCUGUGGCUCAGCAGGUGUCUGGAUAUAUGCCUGAAGGGAGCGAGUGGGCAAGCAUCGGGCUGAGGGCCUCAUUUCCUGUCCAGAAUGGCACAGCAGUCUACGUCACUCUGGACUGUAUCCGCGGACGAGUUAACCAGAUAAAACACGAGGGCGGCACUAACAUUUCAAUCCUCUGGGUUGCCGUGUGAUCCAAGAACAGAUUAAGUCUUUGUCAUUAAUACAUUUUGUUAAAAAAAAAAAAAAAAAAGACAGUUUUGCACAAUAUUGAAUUGCAGAGCAGAUUCAACAAUUUACCAAAUUAAGAGAGAAUACAAGUAGAUGAAAAACAAUGUUAUUCAUCUAUUACACAUAUUUUGUCAUAUUAUUGUUUUUAAAUGUACAUUUCCUUACGUUUUUAGACUUUUAUUGUGAAAUCUCUGUUGGGUAUGAUUAACAUACUGUAAGUACUGCUUUUGCUUGAAGUACUUCGGCUGGUUGAGCAGUGACCAAUUCUUCAUGGGAUGUGUUUGUGUGUGUGUGUCUGUACAGUGUGUAUGAGUGUGUGUACAUGCAUGUGCAGUGGUGCUUUUAUAUGUAUGUAUGUAUGUAUGUAUGUAUGUGUGUGUACACACACAUCGGCAUGCCUACUUUUGUAUGAGUCGUUAAAUAUGUAUAUCCUUACAUUCCUGCACAUAUUUAACUCACGUACUGUAUGUAACAAACCUUUUUGUAUCGUAUCGUUAGGCAUUUAGCACAGUAGUUUAACAUUUUGGGAGAUAUGCUUAUUUGCUUUCUGGAAGAGUUUAAAGAAUAUUUAACCCCCAAAUGACCAUCUGUAUAUAAAUUACUCACCCCAGGUCAUGUUAAAUUCUUGAGGAAAACUUUGUUAUUCUUGCAUGCCUCUGGUGAAAGAAGAUUCCAAAAACAGAAAAAAAGCCCUGAUGAAUUGAAGUCACGGGGGGCAUAUUUCACAACAGCAAAGCUAUAUCAAAACAUCCGUUUACAAACUCUCACACAAAUCAUGCAGCAUAAUCCAAGUCUCAUUUAUCCAGUUGUAUGUUCUGAUGGGGAACUGAACUAAAAAUAAAACUUAUAUGCUCUCUUUAAAGCCAGACUGCAUUGAUGAAAACAGCAAUUUUACCUCGCUGAACACAGGAGCUGCUGGUCUACCACUGCCUCGAUCAGUUAGUUUGUGUUAUGUGUGACUUAAAUGAAUCUGAAGAAAACUAAAGUCAGACAAUAACACAAACUAACUAACUGAUCGAGGCAGUGGUAGAUCAGCAGCUCCUGUGUUCAGCAAGGUAAAAUUACUGUUUUUGGAAAUGGAGUGUGGCUUUGAAGAGAGCAUAGAUAAAGCCUCUUAUACACAUGUACUGCAAACCUGAAGUUAUCUAGACAUUACUCAGAGGACCUGUAUGUGAAAACACAAAUGUCGGAUUGGACCUCAACCAGACUUCACCCUGCCAGCUCCCUAGUACAAAGUCUGUGUAAUUUCCAACUGAGCUCGUGUUUAAAUAGAGCAAGUAAUUGUCUUGAAAAUUCACUGCGAGCAAGUGGGUAUAUUGAUGAUGUUUCUAUCAUGAAGUUGAGGCAAAAUCAGAAGAAAACAAACAAGUGUAAAGAAGAGGGAUCAUCAGGGAUCAGGCCGAAAUCAGAAAACAAGAGGUGAGAACACUUCUGACACAGCCAGUCUGCUGUUGUAUGCUACAUGUGUGAAAUACAAUGUCCAGACUUUAUUCUCCAGACAUUGCCUGCGGUUCAUAGGAGAAAAUGGCUUAAGUUUUAUUUUCUGUUCAGCUCCCCUUCAGACAGGGCGGUCUGUCUGAGAAGUACUGAGCAUACGACUGGAAUGAAUGAGACUUGGAUUAUUCUGCAUGAGUUGUGUGAGAGUUUGUAAAUGAAUGUUUUCAUAUAGUUUUGCUGUUUUAAAAAGUGGUCCCCUAUGCUUUCAGUUCAUCAAGAUUUCGUCAGUUUUUGGAUUCUUCGUUCACUGUAGAGGCAUACGGGAAAAACAAACCUUUCUUCAUAAAUUCAACAUAACAUGGGGUGAGUAACUGAUAUCCAAAUAGUCAUUUGGGGGGUGAAAUAUUCCUUUAAAUGAGAAUAUUGAUAACAGUCUCCAACAUAUGAGUGGUAUCAGUCUUCUUAUCAAACAAAUAGAAUGCAUGCAUUUCCCAAAAUGUCAAACUAUCCCUUCAGUGCUCUGAGGAAUGAGUAUACACAAAUGCUACGUAGUAAAAGCAGGAGUUGGUAUUUGAUGUUUUUGAUGAUAUUUAUUUGCCUUUUAUAAACAGGACUUUUGUAUUUACACUAUAGGAUGCAGACAUGAGAAAGAUAUAAGAAUAUGUUAAGAAUAUGUCGUGCUUAUGGUAAAGCGCUGAGUAGGCAGUGUUGAUAUUCAAAAACAUGCAGUGAUAGCCUCGAUCAUACGUUUAUUUGCCCACGUACAGUUUAACACAGCAUUAUGGAAUGUGCAAACAUCAUACUUUGUUAUUCUUUUGCCUAAAUGCUGUUUCCCUGUGUAGAGUUGCUCAUGCAUAUCGUUCCUAAUUGCCUCUGUGUGUGUUCUGUCCUCUAAACAAUUAGGCAUAAUUAAGUGUUUCAGGGAGUUGGCAGCGAAGCCGCCACUGAAAUUUUUCAGCUUUAUUCUCACUUCAUUAUGUUAAGUGAUUUUUUUUUUGUUUUUUGGUUUGGCUCCCUGCACAUGUCAAUGCAUGCAUACUUGUUCAACACCAAAUAAAAUGUACAUUUAUUUUGCCAGAAAAUAAAUUUCAC